GGCGUUCUUCCUGGGUUUGCGGGAGGAGUGGCCCUCUGCUUGUGAUUCCGUCUUUGCGGUGGGAGUCAUGGCCACUCGUCGAGCUCUGCACUUCGUCUUCAAAGUGGGGAACCGCUUCCAGACGGUGCAUUUCUUUCGAGAUGUCCUGGGGAUGCAGGUUCUACGCCAUGAGGAAUUUGAAGAAGGCUGCAAAGCUGCAUGUAAUGGGCCUUAUGAUGGGAAAUGGAGUAAAACAAUGGUGGGAUUUGGGCCUGAGGAUGAUCAUUUUGUUGCAGAACUGACGUACAAUUAUGGCAUUGGAGACUACAAGCUUGGCAACGACUUCAUGGGAAUCACACUUGCUUCCAGCCAGGCUAUCAGCAAUGCCAGGAAGCUGGAGUGGCCACUCAAAAAAGUUGCAGAAGGAGUUUUUGAAACUGAGGCCCCGGGAGGAUACAAGUUCUAUUUACAAGAUCAAAGUCUACCUCAGUCAGAUCCUGUAUUAAAAGUAACUCUAGCAGUGACUGAUAUCCAGAAGUCCUUGAACUACUGGUCUAAUCUCCUGGGAAUGAACAUUUAUGAGCAGGAUGAGGAGAAGCAGAGGGCUGUGCUGGGCUACGCUGAUAACCAGUGUAAACUGGAACUACAGGGCAUCAAAGGUGCAAUUGAUCAUGCAGCAGCCUUUGGAAGAAUUGCUUUUUCUUGUCCUCAGAAAGAGUUGCCAGAUUUAGAAGAUUUGAUGAAAAAGGAGAGCCAAUCGAUCCUGACACCACUGGUUAGUCUGGAUACCCCAGGGAAGGCGACAGUGCAAGUAGUCAUCCUGGCUGACCCUGAUGGACAUGAAAUUUGCUUUGUUGGGGAUGAAGCUUUCCGAGAACUUUCUAAGAGGGAUCCAAAAGGCAGCAAGUUACUGGAUGAUGCAAUGGCAGCAGACAAAAGUGAUGAGUGGUUUGCCACCAGAAAUAAACCAAAGGCUUCGGGUUAAUGGAUGACAUGUGAGAACAGCACCUACGACUCCAGGUGAUAAAUACUCCCACCACUUGGUGGUGGCCAGCAUGGACAACAUGGAGACUUAUGUGGUAGUUUCACUCUUCAAAGCUCUGUUGUUUUAGAAGUGAAAUACUUUUACCACUCUUGGUAGAUGUGAACUCCUGUGUGUAAUUGUAUUAAAUUUGGUAACAAAU